AUGAUGGCAUGUAUACAAAAUGAAUAUAUAACAUUUUUUCAUCAUUAUUCCUUGGUCUUAAUCUCUUAUUUCAGUUUAUUUAUUUUUUUUAAUUCUAGGUGGCUUGGUAUUCUUGACUUGAAGAAAUAUAAAAAUGAUUCUGAUGUGACAGAAUUUAAACUUCUGGGCCUAUCAUCCUCUUGGGAGCUACAGCUGUUUCUGUUCUUAACAUUUUUGUUGGUUUACACGGUUAUUGUCCUGGCAAACCUCUUAAUAGUGGCAACAGUGCGAUCUGAUGCUCAUCUGCUCCAGUCUCCCAUGUACUAUUUCCUGAGCCAUCUUUCCUUCAUUGACCUAUGCCUGAGCUGUGUUGUAGUGCCUAAGAUGUUAAGAGAUUUCCUACAACAGAACAAGACUAUAUCUUUUUCUGGAUGCCUGACCCAGAUCUACUUUCUGCACUUUCUGGGAGCCAGUGAAAUGUUUCUGCUGACCCUCAUGGCCUAUGACAGGUAUGUUGCCAUAUGCAAUCCUUUGCACUACCUGACGGUCAUGAACCACCAUCUGUGUCUUUGGCUGGUGCUCAGCUGUUGGUCUGGAGGAUUCAUCCACUCUAUCACUCAGGUCAUCCUAGUCAUCCAACUGCCUUUUUGUGGGCCAAAUGAAUUGGACAACUUCUUCUGUGAUGUCCCACAGGUUAUCAAGCUAGCUUGCACAGAUACUUACAAGGUCGAGGUACUGAUGGCCUUCAACAGUGGGCUGCUAUCUCUUGUCUGCUUCUUGGUCUUGCUGUUAUCCUAUGCUGUCAUUCUGAUCACCUUGAGAACUCGCCUUCGCCGGGAUGGGCAGAGCAAGGCACUGUCCACAUGUGCUUCCCACCUAACAGUGGUCAGCUUGAUCUUUGUGCCUUGUGUCUUCAUCUACUUGAGGCCGUUCUGCAGCUUCUCUGUGGAUAAGGUAUUCUCUGCUUUUUACACCGUGAUCACGCCUAUGCUAAAUCCUCUCAUCUAUACACUCAGAAAUGCAGAAAUGAUGACAGCUAUGGAAAAGCUGAGAAGAAAGCAAGUGUCAUCCCAUUGCUUUAUGAAAAGAUGA